AGCUCUUCGAUAUCGUCGACUGCGCCAACCUCCCACUUCCUCCUCCUCCUUCCUAAUCCUCAAUUCCUAAUUGCUUUUCAAAUACCUAUCACCAUUAUCAGGGCCACUACCAUUCAUUUUCCUAUAACCCAUAUUUGUCCGAUUUCGACACAAUGACGUCCAUAGGCACGGGUUACGAUCUUUCCAACUCUGUAUUUUCACCGGACGGACGAAAUUUUCAAGUCGAGUAUGCGGUAAAGGCUGUUGAGAAUGGAGGCACUGCGAUUGGAAUAAGGUGUAAAGAUGGCGUGAUCCUUGCCGUAGAGAAGAUCGUUUCGAGUAGGCUGCUUAAGCCAGGCGCGAAUAAGAGGAUAGCGACGGUGGAUCGGAAUAUCGGCAUAGUAUCAGCAGGUCUUGUUCCUGAUGGGCGACAUUUCGUGGCGAGAGCUAGAGACGAAGCUGCCUCUUGGAGAAACACUUACAAGGCACCCAUCCCUACAGGAGUACUCGCAAACAGACUUGGAGGUUACGUCCAGGCAUAUACCCUAUACUCCAGCGUUCGACCAUUCGGUGUCACCGCCAUAGUAGGGGGCUGGGACUCCGAAGCAGAGCUUCCUGUGGAUGGACAAGUCGGAUCAGGACCAAAGUCGGGUUCUGGCGGGAAGGUAGACGGCACAAAGGUUGGAGGGCCGGGCCUAUUCAUGAUAGAGCCCAGCGGACUUUACUGGGGUUACUAUGGUGCUGCCACCGGAAAAGGUCGACAAGCUGCCAAGGCUGAGCUUGAGAAGUUAGAUUUGCCGUCGGAGAAUCUUAGCCUACUGGAUGGGAUUAAGGAAGCCGCACGCAUCAUUUAUAUCGCCCAUGAGGACAGCAAGGACAAGGAUUUUGAGCUAGAAAUGACGUGGAUCAGCGCUUUGGACGGCCCCACCAAGGGCAGACAUAUGGAAGUACCAAAAGAGCUGCUCGAAGAAGCAGAAAAUGCAGCGAAAAAGGCUAUAUCUGAGGAAGAAGAGGAAGAGGACGAGUCAAAGCCUGCGGAAGGUGACCAAAUGGAAGAAUAAUCGGACAAGCCUUUGCGAUAGAUCGCUUCGAUUUUCUUUUGAGCGGUUUCUUUCAAUGGUUCUUGGGGUUGUUAGAAAUUUCAGACUUUAGAUCCGAAAUUUUACGGUUUCAGAUGCU